AUGAGCCUGAUUAGACUGGGACUGGCGCUGCUGCUCCUGCUGGCCACCGUGUCGCACUUGCUGCAGCCGGUCCAGGGACGUCGGAAGAUGUGCGGCGAGGCGCUGAUCCAGGCACUGGAUGUCAUUUGUGUCAAUGGAUUCACACGCCGCGUCAGGCGGAGCACUGCCUCAAAGGAUGCUAGAGUGCGUGAGCUAAUCCGUAAGCUGCAGCAGCCGGACGAGGACACCGAACGGGCAACGGAAAUGGGAAGAGUGACGGAUAAGGACACAAAUGCGGAUACGGAUACGGAGAAGCGUGAGCCACCGGCCGGCGGACGUGGACGCAGGUUGCGACGCCACCGGCGACGCAUCGCCCACGAGUGCUGCAAGGAGGGCUGCACCUACGACGAUAUACUGGACUACUGUGCCUGAUGACCACGAUGGCCGAACGAAUGCCAGGAACCAGAUCCCAUAGAUCAAGUACCAGAUGAACCCGUCAUGGCUGAGAUUUUGUGGCGGCAGGGCACAAUACCCCAAUACCCGG